GUCACUUUGGGCAUGAACGCCGUCUGAAGCGAACAUUGGCAGGACCCUUCCACCAGCCUGCAUGUCCAUGCCGCUGUAAAGGAGGACUUGCUCAAUCGGUGUACAAGUUCAGCCCUUGCGUGUCUCUUCUCUUUUCACCAUGGGGGGAGCUGUGAGUGCCGGGGAGGACAACGACGACCUCAUCGAUAACCUGAAGGAGGCUCAGUACAUUCGCACGGAAAAGGUGGAGCAGGCGUUUCGGGCCAUAGACCGCGGCGACUACUACCUGGAUGGCUACCGGGACAGUGCCUACAAAGACUUGGCAUGGAAGCACGGAAACAUCCARCUGUCUGCUCCAUGUAUAUACUCUGAGGUGAUGGAGGCUCUUAAGCUGCAACCAGGACUUUCUUUCCUUAAUCUGGGCAGCGGGACCGGCUACCUGAGCACAAUGGUUGGCCUCAUCAUAGGACCAUUUGGUGUGAACCAUGGAGUGGAGUUGCACAAGGAUGUUGUGGAAUAUGCCCGACAGAAACUGGAUGAUUUCAUAAAGAACAGUGACAGUUUUGAUAAGUUUGAGUUCUGCGAACCUGUCUUCGUGGUGGGGAAUUGCCUUGAAAUCUCAACAGACAGUCACCAAUACGAUCGCAUUUAUUGCGGCGCCGGAGUGCAGAAAGACCAUGAAAAUUACAUGAAAGUGCUGCUCAAAAUUGGAGGCAUACUGGUGAUGCCUAUAGAGGAUCAGCUGACCCAGAUAACCAGGACUGGUCAGAGCACGUGGGAGAGCAAAAACAUCUUGGCGGUGUCCUUUGCCCCCUUGGUGCAGCAGAGCAGAGGAGACGGGGAGAAACCCGACACUGUCCAUCUGCCCCCGGUGACCGUGCGCAGCCUCCAGGACCUGUCCCGCGUCUACAUUCGCCGCACACUCAAGGGCCUGACGAGCCAGGACAGCCAGGGCAAGGGGACGGUGCAGAGGGRCCCCCAGAAGCGCAAGCGCAGGCGCUGCAGGCGGCGGCGCAUCAGCACGUACGUUUUUGUCGGCAAUCAGCUCAUUCCGCAAAUGGUGGAGAGCGAAGAGGAGGAGCACGCCGAGGAGGAGCACAAGGACGUGGAGGAAGAGGAGGAGGAAAGAGACAUUGGCAACAUCGAAAUCAUCAAGCAAGUGAACGUGUUGAGAGAACAAAUACUGGCUCUACCGCUGCCUGAGCCGCUGAAAGCAUAUUUGCUGUAUUACAGAGAGAAAUGACUUCUUCACUCCYUGUCAGCCCUUAAUGAGUGCGACGCCUGCUGAAAUUCCUUUCUUCACCCGUUUUCAGUGCAAAUGUAGCAUUAUCAUUCAAUCUUGAUGGCAACACUGUAUUUGGAAAGAGAUAACAUUGGAUAAUAAUGGUAUGAUUGUAAUAAAUGUUAGUUUUUGUUGGCGUUUUAUUUUAAUUUUUUUCCUUUGAUUUGUAUAGAAAAAAACGUGAAAAUCAAAUGAACAUAGGAAACGAAACCAGGAAUCCAGUUUUAUCCUGUCAGGGUUUUUUUUUUUUUUUCUGCAGACGUGCAGAUGAACAAACUGUAAAAAGAUCUUCUUACUGUAUUUGUUAAAAUAUAAUCAAGCUGAGAGAAAAAUUGUAAUGCGCUUUAUUUUACAAUUUUUUUAGAAGCUUUAACCUUCUUUCUGUCAGGAUCCAGUGAUUUAAUUAUCCUGAAAGCAGGAAACGAGGCCACAUUCUCCCAUUUUGAGCUUGAGAGUAAAGACGUUAUUGCAUAAUCAUAAACGGGGCACUUAAUAACUCUCAAUGUGUUUUAUACCUUCCUGUAACAAGAGAUCACUGGGGAAAAAAAGACCAGACUUAUACAUAUAUUUUCUACAGGGCACCUUUUAAUGUGACGUUUUCUACAGCAUGCUUGUUUUUGUUAGGUUUUGCUGCAAAAAGGAAAAAAAAAAGACAAUUUGAUGCAAUGUAAGCCGUCUGCUCAUAGUGUUUUCUUUUCUCAUGGAUGAAUAUAAAUGUCAACAUUAAGAUAAAAUGAAUGAGAGACAUUUAGGAAUGGAUGAUGCCUUUUUUUAAAAUAGAAAAGUGGUAAAAAGAUGAUUGUCAAGCCUGAGUUUGUGUAUGAAUAUUAUGGUGCUGACAUUGGUUUACAUCUGACUAGUUGCUUGAGCGGAUGCACAGAAACAAAGGAUUUAAAGUGAGUUAGAUGAACUUGAGUAAAACUGAGUUAUGUGUAGUACUGCAGUUUUUUUUUUUUGUUUUAAAUCAAAAAUAAUGCAAAAAUCUGAGUUGUUAAAGAUUUUGAUGCCUUAUUUUAUCCUGGACUAUAGUCGGGUCCAACAAAGCACCUUAAUCUGCAGGUUCUCAAGUGAAAUUGGCAGCAAAAAGUACCACGGUUGGCUCGUUUUAUGGACUGAACUCAUUGCGAUGUAAAUUCAGUUUCACUACAUUGRGCUCGCAGUACUUCCCUAAUGCUGAUGGCUUUUAAGUGCCAACCCAUCAUCUUAGGAUAUCUGUGAGCUUUUGGACAUUAAGUCAUCCAAACAAAGGUAGUUUUUUCUUUUUUUAUUUAAAUAUCUAUAUAUGUAUAAACAUUCCAAAGUUAAAAAAAAAAACAGUUGAGGUUUAGAGGUUUUCUUCACACUUCACUGUCACAUUCAGAAAGUUUUCUCUUACUUUGAAUGCAGAGUUUAGUAUUUAAAAAGCUGAGUUGAAUGUUAUUAAUUCUCUUGAAUAUAAACGUGGUUUUCUUUAUAAGGUGAUUAUUUUUACAGUUUCAUUUGCUUUGUUGUAGCCACCUUUAGCUGUAUUUUACCUUCACACUGGGAACUCUGUUGAUCUGAACUUGACUGCUGUCUGUUACGAAUAGAUAGGAAACGUUAGCAUUAGCUCUCAUUUAGUUUCGAUGUAAUGAAACAUAUUUUUGGUUAAAUACGGGGUUAAUUAUUCUAUUUGUAGUGUAUGUGUGUUCAAAGGUAAUCCUUUUUUUAUUUCUUUUUUUAAUGUUCUUUGUGGAGUUUUUUUAAGAUAAUGAAACAAUUUCUCAAUUAGACUAGAACUCAUUUGAUUUGGAUAGAAUCCAUUCAGUUUCACAUGUGCAAUUUCAGCCUUGGAACAAUUUAUAUACCAUAACCUAAACUGUAAUUGGUUAUUAGCCUGGUAGAUUAGGAAGAGGCGGACCUACAGCCUGGACUCUCAGGUCGAAAGUUAAUGGGACUGGUCUGAUUAAUUUAAUAUGGACGAGAUUGGACUAUUAAAACAGCAUAGGGUGAAAAUCAACUUGCACUCCGUGUUCUUAUUUUGGUUCAGUUGCUUUAUUUUUCUGAAAAUUUUUCAUAGUGUUUGCAGUUUAUUAUUUUGAAAAUGUGUUUUGUUGUAAACGUGUGGCACAAAAAUAAAGGUCACAAUUACGA